AUCUCCAGGGAUUCUCUCAUACUCCUUGUUUUCCUCAGUUUCAUUAUAUGUAGAUAUUGGUAUUCUUUUUUGUGUAUAAGGUAUUGUUACUGUUUGGAAUUCAAUGUCUCCUUGCACUUCAUGUCCCUAACAAUAUGGCCUGUUAUUUAUGCUUCUUUUAUCGAAAAAUCGAGCUGGAAAAAGGGUAAUAAAACCAUGAUUUUUGGACAUUGAUUCAAAAUUUAUUAUUUCAUGAUGAAUUCAAUAACAACAGAAUGAAUACUGCUAAAGGAUCUAAGGGCAAAAUGGUCAAGUAAUUUAUAACCAAAAUUCCCUACAACAGAACAUAAUAAAUGAAAAAUAAAAAGUAAAAAAGAUUGAAUAACCGUUGGUAGUUUGGUCCCGCCAUUUCAGUCGUAGCUUACAUGGAGGAAAUAAUUUUCAUCUGAAUUCUGACCAAGUCUUCACUUAAUUCAAGAUUAUCAUACCAAAUAUCUUCUUUUUUUCACCAAAUCUUGAAAUCCAAUUGACACUUUUUUAAAAUUUGUAGAAAAUAAUGAAGAUGUUCUCAAAAUCCAUGAUCUUUUACAUACUCUUGUUUUCUGUCAAUAUUAAGGCACAGGAUUAUGAUGGUAAAUUACCACCUGCAGAAAAUAAUUGCAAUGGUAUUUUUUUAUCCUAUGUAUUCAUCUCUAGGACGAAAGAGCUUCCACAUGUAAAAAAUGCAACUGCACAAGCUUGGGCCUUUAAGGCUACAGCAACAGUACUUAAUGCAGGUAUAUAUGAGCUCAAGAACUGGAAAAUCUUCAUCGGGUUUCAAAAUCGCGAGCUUUUAGUCUCAGCUAGUAAUGCUGUUUUAUUAAGUGGUGAUGAUUUACCAGCUCCUGUUGGAAAUGGAACUUACCUAGCUGGUUAUCCUCAGACAGAUUUGAAAACGUCGAUUGAUACUGCUGGUGAUGUUAAGAAGAUUCAAGCAGAGAUUGAGUUAACAGGUACACAAUUUGGAAUCAAGCCACCAGGUUACCCCAUGCCUAAAACUAUUAAACUUUUCAAUGAUGGAUACAAAUGUCCAGCAGUAAAACGUAAAGGUAAGUGUGUAAAUCAGCCACAUUUUUGUCGCGUAUCUUGAUUGAAUUCUGAAUCUUUGUUUUCGUUU